CACGUUCUGCACGAUGUAUGCUUCUGUUGCUUUGGCCUAUCAUCAAGCUCUGGACGAUCUCCACAGGUUUAGGACCUACCAGGCCCCCGUCUCCCAAAAGUCUCUCCCAGUCCCUGAUCCUCGUUCUGGUGUCUUCACGAUCACCGUCAACCCCCUCUACACCCUGCCCGACCCCCUGACCUCCCUCCCCGUCCCUGCCUCCAGAGCCCGUCCUCAAGUUGUGGAGAUCGAUCUUGGUGAAGAAUCCAAGCAGCCCCAGUCGUGCUCGGCUGUCCUUGUGUCUUGUGUGAAGUACAUGUUCCAGAGUUUCUUCACACAGAGAUAG